AUGAAGCGCGCCACGUUCCUUCUGAAGCUGCUGCUUCUGGCGGCGAUAGUCACCCAAGAGGGGCUUCUAUCCUGGCAACUGAUGACCAGCAAAAUGUACGUGCUGCUGAUCGAUGCGGGGCUCCUCACCAUCUUCCUCUACCUACAAGUCCGAUCAGCCAACAACACGCACAUGUAUAUGAUCUACGUCUACAGCGUCGUGGCUAAGAUAACGGCGAUUUAUUACGUCUCCCUUCCGAGGGCCCUCAUUAUCCAGCAUGAGGAGCCAGAUGGAGGGGGGCCAUCCCUACCAUCACCCCUGUCAGGGGCCUUACCAUCAGUCGCGUCAUUUAUCCUACCAUCACCCUUGUUAGGGGCCUUACCAUCAACCGCGUCACCGAACGUACGGUUCCCUAUACAAGUGGACACCUACGUAGACAGCAUCCACAUCGUCAGCUCCACGAUCGUCAUCUCUAUACUCGUCUAUAUUCUGUUCUUUUUCGUCACCGAUUUUGAUCUGCUCAAAGUUCGUUUUAUCAAUGUGGAGAUCUUCUUUUGUCUCCUGAUAAUAACCCACGUGGCGAUUGAUUUUCUCGAUAUAUCUGAUUUUUUCUAUUCCGUUAAUCUGCAUUUUCUCCUUUACCACUUUCGAGUGGUGCAGGAGCUAUCUGUCUUUACUAACCCAGAUCUGUUUGUCCAUGCUUCCAUGGAUCGGAAGAGUCUCAUCGAAUUUUAUUCCUUCUGUCUGCAUGCCUACCAAACCGUCUUCAUCCUAUUUGGUGUGCUGCUCUGCGUGAACAUUGCCAUCCAUGCUUACUCACUUCCGAGUUUUUCCUACGAAAGUAACAAGAGGAGGAAGCUCUCCGCUAAAGGGGGGGGACAAGUAGGAGACCAUCCCUCCAGUGGACCCCUUUUGCUACACAGUUACAGCGGUGAUGGGGCCUUCUCCAGGUGGAGCUGCAACCAGAAUGCUGCCAACAGGGGAGGAAAGGACCUUUAUGGGAACCCUCCUAGUGGGGCUCUUACCAGGAGGGGUAGCUCUCUGGGGGGGCCUGCACAAUUGGAAGGGAAGCAUUCGAUUAGUAGGGGCAUAACUCGGGGCAUAGCAGCGGUCACUUCCUCCUUCUCCCCUUCUUCCGCCGCUUUAGCUUCUACUUCCAUUGAGGCCUCCCUCCUCCAGUCCAAGGUCGGCGGGGACGCCAUGUCCUGCCUCAAGUACAUCAGCAUAUACAGCUUCUUCUUCACUGAUGUGUGUCUCUUCACAGCAAGGCUGUUCCUUUACCUGGUUUUCUCGGCCACCUCGUGUUCCCCGCAGUUUAUGAUGAAAAAUCUCUGCUUUGCCAUCAUCCACGGAUCGCGCAUCUACCGCAAGUCCAAGUUCUACAACCGAAGGAGGGGCGAGAAGGGCCGCAAGGCAAGCUCAGUCAAGGGGGGCAGCUCCCCCCACGAGGGUGAAAUGUUCACCAGUGAGUGUGAAAUGUCCAGCGAUACGUGUGAAUUCUCCACCGAUACGUCUGAAGAAACCCGUUCAGAAGAAUCCUCAAAGCACCACCCAGACGAACAACCGAAACAGAGGCGACACAUACGAUCAGGCAGCCUUCACUUGAAGGGAAGCAGGCUCCACUUCAAGGGAAGCAGCCUCCACUUCAAAGGAAGCAAUCACGUGAACACGGAGCUCCUCAGCAGGAGCUACCCCUCCAUCGACACGAUAAAUAUAGACGUGAUUCAAAAUGCCGAGUACAGGCGUAUUGACAGUCUAAGUUACGAGAAAAUCCUCCCACGGUUCUACUUUCACUAUUUAAAAUACAACGGGGUGAAUUUUAAAAGAUACAUGUCAUGUUAUGUAGACCAAAUAGAGAAGAACUCCAUGGGCUACUCGCUCAUCUUCCUCUUCUUCUUCAUUCUAAUAGCGACAAAAAUUGCAAUCCUCGUGGUUACCUACACAAUGGAUUUCGACCAAGACCUAAAUCGGCAUUUGUAUGAAUUGACUUACCUAUGGAAUAUCAACGCGUUGAAAGACUCCUGGAUUCUCAGAAUCAAUUCUUUCAUCAUUUUAGCUUAUUCAUUUUGUUCCUUCCUUCUCUAUGUAGUUACCUGUUCCCUAUUCGAUGGGAUCUUCAUGUCCUUAAUGUAUGUCUUUAACCUUCUUUCAUUCUUUUUCGUCCUCCUCAUCAUGUCCAAAUAUAACCCAUCGUAUGACAUGCUGGACUAUUUUAAUAAGAAUAAGAACACGCUGGUGGUUCUCUUCCUCUUUGGCUAUCUGGCCUACCUCUUCCUCGCGGACACGUAUAUGUUCAUCUACAUGCUCCUCGGGCGAAAGUACAUGACGUAUCGAAGACGAGUAAAAACGCGCAGCAGAGAUGAAGCGAAAGGAACUGCGGGACAGAACGCAGAAACGGACCAAGAGCUGCUAACACCCAUAUCAGUUGUUUCCACCUUUCUCCUCAAACUUAUCAAACACAUGAAGGGACCUAUCAUGCUUAACAGAAUCAUAAUCAGCAAAAAUCUAAUUAAAAAUACACGAGUAGACAAUUUUUUGUUUUUUUGUCACGUAAAAGAGAUUGCCAUUAAGUUGGUGCUAUAUUUCUUUUCGUGCUUCCUCUUACUCAGGGAGGAAGCGAUAAAUUUUUGCUUCGUCUUGUCGAUCUUUUCUGUGAAUGUUAUCUUCUCCGUUAUGUAUUUGAUUUUUUCCAAAGUGGACCGCGAUGUGGCCAUGGAGAGCAUCUUCACGCAGGCGCUCUUUCUGCACCUUAGCGGGGCUUCGGAAGGCAGACGAGAGGUAAAACGGGCCGACACUUCCAAAAAUCAGCAAGAAAAAGGCGCCUUCCACGAGCCCACCGUACACCCCAGCGUGUACGAAAAAUAUUCCUACGAUUAUACAGUCCUGUUUGAGAAUUGCCUGAAUUACUUUUGA